AUGGCAAUAAGAGGAAUACCAAGUGAAAGAACACCACUAUCCUUAAAGAAUGUCAAUACGAAGAAUAUAGUGAGUAAGAAUCCUUUGAAGACGUCACCCCUCAAAAACCGAAGAAAUUUGGUACGUUCACAAGGAUCCUACUCUGAGAGAACGAAACACAUCAUUCAAAACAGACCAGAACCUUCAUUCCACUUUCAUGAAGAAACUGCAGAAGAACGAGCUCGCAUUUUAAGCAAUCAGACGUCAGUGUACCGAUCUUUGGUUAAAAACGAGAAUGAUUUUAAUGGAAUAAAAGAGAACCUGGAUCCACUAUCUUCAUAUUGUGGGCAGCAAAACAGAAAGGAUGCAAGGUGUUCUAACAGAGACCCACUAACCGACUUAAGCACAGAGGAGUUUGGGGGUUUUAUUCAAUAUACUGAUUCAAUGAAAGAAAUACCUUUAUCAUUACACUGGCAGGACAAAAUCACCCUACCAAGCUAUAUUACUCCUCCUAGGAACCCAUACUUAAGAAAUUUCUUCGAUAGUGCACGUACUGUUAAGGCUGUCAAACUAACAGACUCCAAGACUACAGAUGAUAUCUGUCAAGAUAAAGUUGUGAGGAAACUCUCUUUUCGGAUUUAUGAGAAUUCCCAAGGUUAA